AUGUGGUUAGAGCAGAGAGACUUGGAGGCAGGGGCCCCACCCCACUGCGAUGUGCCCAAGGGUGCCAGCACCUUUGGGGUGUCUGGGAGCUCUGAGGUGAAGAUCUACAUGGUCUAUGAUCCCGCACGGGUGGCGGAGCCUGCAGGCCGGGCCCACUGGCCCCUGGAUGCCAACGUGGAUGUGGUGGUGGCGGCGGACACAGUCAGUAAAAACUUAAAUGAUCUCAAGGUGAAGGUGUCAUACUUCGGGUCGCAGGAAGCUGGUGCCCUGGGUCACAGCGUGCUCUACCUCACUAGUGUUGAUGUGUCCCUCGAUGUCGACACAGGCCGCACAGGCAAGGUGAAGAAAGGCUCGGGUGACAAGGGAACCUGGCGCUGGGGCCCCGGGGGCUCUGGGGCCAUCCUGCUGGUAAACUGUGACAGAGACGCCCGUGGGUCCAGGGAAGACCUGCAUGACAGACAUUUGAGAUCACUGGAGGACCUGCAGGACAUGUCCCCAAUGGUCCUGAGCUGCGGUGGCCCUGAUGAGCUCUUUGAAAGCCACAAGCUGGUCUUGAAGGCGUCUCCGCCUGAUUCCAGAAGGCUGAGGGUCUUCUGUGCCCGAGGUGGGACCUCCCUCUCCGACUACAAGCAGGUGCUGGGACCCUAUCAUCAGGACUAUGAGGUGGAGCGGCUUCCCGGGGAGAGCGAUAUCCAGUUCUAUGUGGAGGGACUUGCUUUCCCUGACACCAAUUUCUCAGGGUUGGUCUCUCUCAGCGUCAGCCUGGUAGGCACCGAGGGCCUCCUUGAGGUGUCACUGUUCACAGACAGCGUGAGCUUCCGCGUGGCCCCCUGGAUCAUGACCCCCAACACCCAGCCACCUCUGGAGCUGUAUGUGUGCAGUGUGACAGACGCCCAUGGCCGCAAUGACAAGUUCCUGGAUGCCAUGGCCCACCUGGCCCUGAAGGCCGACUGCAAACUGGUGGUCUGUCCCCGGGUGGAGAAUAACAAUGAUCGCUGGAUCCAGGACGAGAUGGAGUUUGGCUACAUUGACGCCCCUCACAAAUCCUUCCCUGUGGUCUUUGACUCCCCUCGAAACAGAGGCCUGAGGGAUUUCGCCCUUAAGAAGAUCCUGGGUCCUGACUUCGGAUAUGUGACCCGGGAGAUCCAGUUCGCAGGCGCCUCUGGCCUGGAUUCCUUCGGCAACCUGGAUGUGAGCCCACCGGUGAGGGUGGGCAGCAAAGAGUACCCACUCGGCAGAAUCCUCAUCGGUGGCAGCUUCCCCAAGUCCAGUGGGCGGCGCAUGGCCAGGGUGGUACGUGACUUCCUGCAGGCCCAGCAGGUGCAGGCUCCCAUAGAACUCUACUCCGACUGGCUUUCUGUGGGCCACAUAGAUGAGUUUCUGAGCUUUGUGCCCACCUCUGACCAAAAGGGCUUCCGGCUGCUCCUGGCCAGCCCCAGUGCCUGUCUCGAGCUGUUCCAGGAGAAGAAGGAGGAGGGCUAUGGGGAGGCGGCACAGUUUGAUGGCCUCAAGCAUAAGGCAAAGAGAAGCAUCAACGACAUGCUAGCCGACAGACACCUCAGGAGGGACAGCAUGCACGUGCAGAAAUGUAUCGACUGGAACCGGGAGCUACUGAAGCGGGAGCUGGGCCUAUCCGAGAGCGACAUCGUGGACAUCCCACAGCUCUUCUUCCUGAAGGGAGCCUAUGCUGAAGCCUUCUUCCCCGACAUGGUCAACAUGGUAGUCCUCAGCAAGUACCUGGGCAUCCCCAAGCCCUUCGGGCCCCUCAUCAAUGGCCGCUGCUGCCUGGAGGAGAAGGUCCGCUCCCUGCUGGAGCCGCUGGGCUUACGCUGUGUCUUCAUCGACGACUUCCUGUCUUACCACCAGCUGCUGGGGGAGAUUCACUGUGGCACUAACGUGCGGAGGAAACCUUUCACCUUUCGGUGGUGGAACUCAGUGCCCUGAGCCUGCCCGGCCACCACCCUUGCUGCCCUUUUAAUGGGAGUGCCAGGGCAAGGGUGAAGGACAUGGACCAGCCUCCAUCCUGCUGGGGCCUGAAAGCAGGCCGGCUACUUUGGUCAGCUGGACUCCAGGGGGACACCGCCCUUCUUCGUCUCUGGAGCAGUCUGUCUUGCCCACGGAGACUAUUGUAACUCUUCCCUCUCCCGUUCCCAGCCACAGCUUCCAGAGGGUCAAGGUUGGCAGCUGAGCCUGUUAAAGGCAUGGCCUCCACAGGCACACCCCAUUUUGAGUUGCUUCCUUGUCUUUAGACAUUUCUCUGGAGCCGGAGAAAAAAUGGCUUUGGGGCUGUUUCAGAAAUGCCCACCAUGCCUGGACCCUGGGGCGAGAAAGCACCAUGGUUCCAUAUGACUCCUGGGUUGUGUAAGAUGAAAAGGAAUAUUUGGGGCAUCCUUUUUCCUAAGGGGACCUCAGGCCAUGGCCUGCAAGCACCCUUCGGCUCUAUGUAGGCAAGCAAAGACAGGCAAUCCGGGUGGCCGGGGGCCUCUUUCAAAUAGGAAAGCGAGCAGGCACGAAAGCCCCUUUAAUACGCUGCUCUAUCCACUCUUCCUCCUCAGGAUGCUUGUUAGUUGUUGGGACAGCCUUUAAUUAUGAGACCUGGUGCUUCCGGUUCGAAGAUGCUGGGGGGCAUAGGGAAGCCUUCAGAAGUCUGCAAGCGGGGGUGGGGGGUAGGGAAGGGCAGCAGGAAGGUCCAAACAGGAAGUCAGAUAGGUUGCCCAUCUUGGAGCAGGGAACCUGGAAGCCUAGGACUCCUGGCUAGGCGUGUGGGGCCCCUGAAUCUGAAGGCUGCUGGCUGUUCCAGAUACGAAGUGGGUGGGGCCCAAGGCGUUAGGAGAGGGUGAGGCGGGCCAUUAAGUUACAUCUGGAGGUGGGGCUUAAUUUCCUCUAAUAGUCUCUAAUUACUCCCCAACCUGCUGCGGGCAGUGGGAGGGGGGAGCCCACACUUCCCCCGCAGCCUGGGACCCUGCUUAACACUUGCACUGCCCUAGUAAACCCCAUGGCAUGCCUGUGUCCCCCUCCCACGGGAGGACAGACAGAUGCCCUACAGGCUAAUGGUACUGGGUGAGGUCAGAGAGGCAUGUGCAGGCAAGCAGGCAGGCAGACCCGGCUGCAGGGCAUGGCUGGUAGAGGGAGCUGCCUGCUCCUUCCUCCUCUGGUCAGGGAGCCACGCCGAGCUGCCAGCCCCUGGCUUCUGUCUUUGCAUUUUUCAGUAGUUUCUGGUAUGAUCCCAGACUUGAGGUAGCUGCUGUCACCUUGGAACCAUAGGACAUUCAGGUAGCAAAGGCUUCCAUGGACCUGUUAGGAUGGACACGGCCAGGGAGGGAUUGGCUCCUCCCCUCUAGAAGGUUCUAUGGAAUUGGAACCCCAUUUGUAUGCUCCCGACGCCAACACCCUCCUCUAUGAUCAUGACCCAGCUGAGGCUGAGCCAUGGAGAAGGAGAAGAAAAUGGAAGAGGAAGAGAAAGGUUGGGGGCAGGGCCUGGCCUCUGAAGAGGAGACCACAGAGCCCUGGUGAGCAUGGGAGGGAGUCUUCAGAACCUCAUGAGGGGUCCUCUGGAGUCGACGCCCAGGCUGUCUGAGGUUCUGGGUGCCUGGCCACCCUCUUGCUGAUCAAUAAAAACA